UCCCUGGUCACAUGACAAGACGUCCAACAGUAGAGGAAGCUCCCGUGUUGAAAGGAUACUAAUAUUUGAAGAAAUAAACAUUUCCAACUUCAUUUAAACUCUUUGGUAGUCAGACUGGGCACCUAAAGUAGGAAAGGAUCUUCGUCUUUCCAUACAAAGCCAAAAAUGACGGCGGCAGUUUUUUUCGGCUGCACCUUUAUUGCCUUCGGCCCGGCCAUAGCUCUGUUCCUGUUUACCAUCGCCCGGGAGCCGCUGAGGGUCAUUUUUCUCAUAGCAGGAGCAUUUUUCUGGCUGGUGUCUCUGCUACUCUCCUCCCUCGUGUGGUUCAUCUCAGUGCAGAUCAGUAAUAAGGAUAGUGCUGCCCAGCAGAAAGGUCUGCUCAUCUUUGGUGUGGUGCUGUCCGUCCUCCUGCAGGAAGUCUUUCGCUUUGCGUACUACAAACUUCUGAAAAAAGCAAAUGAGGGACUUCUCACUCUCAGUCAGGAGGAAACCAUGCCCAUCUCGAUACGGCAGCUUGCAUAUGUGUCCGGUCUUGGCUUUGGUUUCAUGAGUGGAGCCUUCUCAGUGGUGAACAUCCUGGCUGACUCUGUAGGACCAGGAACUAUUGGUAUCCACGGAGACUCGCAGCAUUACUUCCUGUCUUCUGCCUUCAUGACCAUGGCCAUCAUCCUGCUUCACAUGUUCUGGGGCGUGGUGUUCUUUGAUGCCUGUGAGAAGCAGCGCUGGUGGGCUUUGGCUGCUGUCAUAUUAAGUCACCUUUUGGUGUCUUGUCUGACAUUCCAGAAUCCUGAGUACGUUACUAGCCUUGUUCCCACCUAUGUCGUCUUGUUCUUGAUGGGCAUCUGGGCAUUUUACACUGCAGGUGGUUCACUCAGGAACCUCAAACUCUGCCUAACCUGUAAAGACAAGGAUUUCUUGCUUGCCAACCACCGGCAGAGAUAACGCCUCAGCACCUGGGACUCUAUCCAAAGAUCCAAAAUACACACACACUGAGUUUGUUAUACGAGCAAAAUGAACAAAGCUAAGUUCAAUGUGUGUAUGCUUAAUGAUAUUGUUUUAUCAAGUGAUUGGUUAGUAAUUGAAAUUUGCCAUUAUUGGCCGAUACUCUAAGAAUGAAAUACUUGUUUCAUCUGAGGGAAACAUUGCUCUUUACAUUCUUAAAACACUUUAUAUUAAUGUCUCUCGUAGGGCAUAUACAUUUAGUCUCUGGGUGAUUUAAGUUACUUCACCAACAGUACUAUGUAAAUACAUGUUGAUGCAUUCCAGGAUAUGAGCAAUUUAAACUUUUGCAUUUAUGCUGACUGAAUUUAGACUUGCAAAAUCUAAUUGAGGAUGUGAGUUGACGCAGUUAUUGCAUCUCUUGGUAAAUAAUUUUACAUACUGUCCUUUCAGACAUUGCAGUUGCUGAUUUCCUUUAUACAUAAACCUAUCAUCUACUCGAAGGUAGGAUUUUCUAGGUGUUCUUCUGGUUUACUCAUUUUGACAGUUGUCAUUUCAUAAUGUCUCGUACUAGUCUGAGUCAGUAAUAAUGUUUGCAGGUUCUAUUCAGAUUGGGAAAAUCUCAGCCUGACUCUGAAUCUUUUCAAUUAUCAUUGAGAGACAAAACAAAAAAAUCAGUCACUUCUAAACAUUUUAAGUCAUCUAAACAUCUGUGUAAAAGGCUGUUGAAUUUUUAAUAUCUCACAGUGUUGUGAGAUGACUGUACUUUUUAAUUCUUGCGCUCCUGUAUGCAUUCAAGUACAGCACUGGGAAGAGUUCAAACAAAUUCACGCUAGAGUGUUUAGACUUGAUAAGUGUCUUUUAGUAUUUGCUCUCUUCAUUGUCAUCACAUAGCACAUAAUGUCUUGUGAAUGAGUGCAGGAGCAGUGUCGAAGUCUGUAAAACUGCACAAUGUAUGAUCUUUCUUUGAACCUGUUCUUGUGUUUCUGCUUUUGAUGCAUUUUGUGUACAGCUUAUUUAGUUCAAUCUCUGCUGUUUCAUUGGGAAAGGGUGUAAGUUCAUAACAAGUUAAAGUGGUAAAGGAAA